CGCUGUUCGUUUGAUCCUUAACGCCUCUGUUACUUGCUCUUCCGACGCUCUCCAGAAUGGCGAGAUCGCAUGUGCUUUCCCUGGCACUGAGUCUGCUGGUGUUGGCAGAGUCAGCCCAUGGCACAUACCACAUAUCUCUGCCAACGGAAGUGACGACAGCUUCUGGAAGGAUCGUAGGAACUCUGGAGAAGUCGACGAAGGGGAGGACUUUCCUGGGCUUCUAUGGGAUACCGUAUGCCCAGUCUCCUGUGGGAAAUCUCCGUUUCCGGGAUCCAGUCAAAGCAAGCCCCUGGAGCGGCGUGAGGAACGGCACCCUCCCGGCGCCCCCUUGCCUCCAGGUCCCCUUCCCGCUGGCGCUGAAGGGGAUCAAGCUGCCUGCAGGUCAGCUCGUGGGCUCAGAGGACUGCCUCUUCCUCAACGUGUUCACGCCAAGGACGUUCGCAAUGAGAGGACUGCCUGUAAUGGUGUUCUUCCACGGCGGCGCCUUCUUCGCCGGGGGGGCCUCCAUAUACAAGCCGGAUGCCCUUCUCAACCACGACGUCGUCUUGGUUUUGGUGCAGUACAGACUCGGCGUCUUGGGCUUCCUCUCGACUGAGGAUGACGUGCUGCCUGGUAACUACGGCUUGAAGGACCAGGUGUUGGCCCUCCAGUGGGUACAGGAGAAUAUCAGGAACUUCGGGGGAGAUCCGGAGCGGGUUACCAUUUUCGGCCAGAGCGGGGGAGGUACCUCUGUUCACCACCAUGUCUUGUCGCCCAGAUCUGAAGGGCUGUUCCAACGAGCCAUCAUGCAGUCGGGCACUUCUGUCAACCCCUUUUCCGUGGGCAUCGAUCAUCGGCAGGCGGCGCAUACCCUAGGGGCGUCUCUCGGGUGCCAAGCCGAUGCUGGAAGCGAAAGGUUCCUUCAGUGUCUUCAAGGUGCCGGUGCUCAAGAUCUGGCUGCUGGAUUCCAAAAUUUCUUAGUCUGGUUCCUCACCCCUCUGUUCUUCGUGCCGCGCGUCGAUGGGGACUUUCUUCCCGACGACCCCAAUGUGCUGCUGCGGGAGGGGAGGCACCAGCACGUCGACCUCAUUUCGGGGGUGACGGCGCACGAGGGGGCGCUCGGGACCAAACCUCUCUACUCCCGGCCAGAACUGAUAACUGACAUCAUGAAGAACCCCAGCAUCCUGCCUCUGACCGUCCUGUGUUGCGUGGGAGCGGAGGAUCCAAUGGCUGCGACGCUAAGGAUCUACCAACACUACCUUGGUGGUCUGAAUAUUAACGACACAGAAGGGGUGACGGAGAUGAUGUCGAAUCAGCUGUUUAAGGUGAGCCACGACCUCGCCACGCAAUACCACUCGAAAAACGUUUCUCCCAAUAAGAAGACGUUUCGGUACGAACUCACCCAUCGCGGCCAGCUCUCCGUCGGUGACAGUUUCGAGACGCCCGUCGGGAAACACUGGGUCAUGCACAGCGAUGACCUCUUCUACCUGUUCCAAGUGGGCUCGCUCUUCCCUGCCCCGAGGAUACCAGGUCGCCCAGAUGACCUCGUUCGCGAAGAUGACCUCAGGUUGCGAGACAUCAUGACGACUAUGUGGACUAACUUCGCUACUUAUGGGGACCCAACGCCUGACCUCAGCCUCGGGUUCAAGUGGGAAGAGGCCAGUGAGAAUGACCUUAAAUACCUCGAUCUUACACCGAAUCCGGUCAUGAUGGGUGACCAGCGUAAAGAGGUUAGAAGAUUCCACGCGUCCCUGCCAACGAGCCAGAAUUAUAUUUUCAACCCUGAGCUUGUGAUUCCAUAGUCUCAUGAAUUAGGAUGUAUUUAAUAAUAAUCCUUAUAACUGUCUUAUUGUAGUGGGACUAUUUGCCCACUCCUUGUCCUACCAUGGUACCUCCUCCCCUCCACUUUGGUAUGACGAGUCAGUGGCAUGAAUUCGAUUUAUUGAACCCGAUGGAAAAUAGGGACCGAAAAUUAACUUCAGUAGUCUUUUGAGUUUUAAUCUUUCAUAUAUCACGUAUUUUUUAAAUUAAAAUGAUUUAAACUUAUCCCUCGUGGUGGUAAUGCAGGGUGCUGCUCGUAAGCUACGUACUUGCUAAAAAGACUUUUAUUGCCACUCUCAUGCCCAAUAAUUUGUUUGAAGACAUUGUCUUACCAGGAGUAUAGAGUCACGUAAAAUGAAUUGUUAUAAGACUAGAUUUAGCAACAUAACUGGAUGGCGUCAUGCUAGUGGUUUGCCAUGUUUAGCGACGUCAUAAACCGUGACAAUACAGCCUCUCACGGGUAUCCAUGUCGAAACAGUAGCCAAUACCCAGGCCAGGGGGCGCAGAUACCCCGAGGAGAACCGGCGGAUCUGGUCUUGCCUACUCACCGCUCGGAACUCGCUGCUUUUUAUCCCACACCGUAAGGUCACGUUUAGUAUGUAUUUUACCUGAAACUCACCAGUAUGUAUUUCAAACUUUGGGGACUGGUGCAAGGGCGGUGACAGCAUAUUGGGGUUCAUCAUUUUCCCCGGAUAACUAGUGAUGGCAAAAAUUCAAUGUAAGAUACUAUUGGAUAUAAAGUACUCAGGAAUUGGUAAAGAUAAUUAGCUAUGUUCAUGUAUAAGAAAAGGAAUAAUGAAGUAUAACUCAACGAGUACUGUUUUUUCUUUCUUUUGUACUACAACGAUGUCUGAGGCAGAGUUUCUGUAUUAAAUAGUUACAAUAAUACACCACAGUUUAUGUUUCUCAAGAGAGU